GACCGCCACAGAUCCUGACUGAAGAAACAUCUUAACUCUUCCCUCUCUCACAGGAUUUCAGAGCCAUCCCAUCAGCGUGUUUACAAGGGUGCAGGCAAUCUCCUACCAGCAACUUCCCAUUUUGUUAGAUGUUGUGAAGAUGCAGUCAUCACCUCCCUCUGCUAAUCCUUCGUCUCAGGCUGUAUCGAUGGAGCGUCUUUCAGCAUCAACCAACAGCUUCACCCUGGACCUUUACAAAAAGCUGGAUGUAACUUCCAAAGGACAAAACAUUUUCUUUGCUCCUUGGAGUAUUGCAACUGCUCUCGCUAUGGUCUAUCUGGGUGCAAAAGGUGACACAGCAACCCAGAUGGCUAAGGUUCUUCAUUUUAACCAGACUGCAAGAGAAGAAAGUCCUUCUGAGAUGACAGCACCUUCUCUGCGGAGCCCAAAGAGAAGAGACAUGGGUCUUGAGUAUGAGGAAACUGAAAACAUCCACUCCGGCUUCAAAGAACUCCUGUCUGCCAUCAACAAACCUAGAAACACUUACUUGCUGAAAAGUGCUAACCAACUGUUUGAGGACAAAACCUACCCAUUACUGCCUAAAUUUUUACAACUGAUCACAAGGUACUACCAAGCAAAGCCACAAGCUGUAAACUUUAAGACAGAUGCGGAACAAGCCAGAGCACAGAUCAAUUCCUGGGUUGAAAAUGAAACUGAGAGGAAGAUCCAGAAUCUGCUACCUGCAGGAUCUCUUGAUUCUGACACUGUAUUGGUCUUAGUAAAUGCUAUUUACUUCAAAGGAAACUGGGAAAAGAGGUUUCUGGAAAAAGACACAUCCGAGAUGCCCUUCAGAUUAAGCAAGACCAAGACUAAAGCAGUACAGAUGAUGUUUCUCAGAGAUACAUUUUUGAUGCUCCAUGAACAAACAAUGAAAUUCAAAAUUAUUGAGCUGCCGUACGUGGAAAAUGAACUCAGCAUGUUCGUACUCCUACCAGAUGACAUCAGUGAUAACACUACUGGUCUGGAGCUGGUAGAAAGAGAGCUGACCCACGAAAAGUUAGCUGAAUGGUCCAACUCAGCCCGUAUGAUGAAAGUCGAAGUGGAACUGUACCUGCCCAAGUUGAAGAUUGAAGAAAAUUAUGAUCUUACAUCCACUUUGAGCAACAUGGGGAUACAAAAUGCUUUUGACCCUGUUCAGGCUGAUUUCACAAGGAUGUCAGCAAAGAAGGACUUCUUCCUAUCAAAAGUUAUUCACAAAGCUUUUGUGGAGGUCAAUGAAGAAGGUACCGAGGCAGCAGCUGCCACAGGUGUCCUGGUGUUGAGGUCAAGAACACCUAGAGUAACUUUCAAAGCCGACCACCCUUUUCUCUUCUUCAUCAGACACAACAAAUCCAAAACCAUCCUCUUCUUUGGCAGACUAUGCUCACCUUAGUCAGAGUCACUCCCUGCUCUACAGAGCAGGAGAUGCUGGCUUGCCAGCUCAAGGGCAGAGCUUGAUACUCCUGCUGCAGCUGAGGGACUAAGACCUGCACUCUUUCAGACUACACAUUCCACAGCCCAAGGCAAAGCUUCAACUACUCCAGAUAGCCAUAGCAGUGCCUGUAGAUGCAUUUGAUUCCUUCCUCUUGCAGCAGUAGAUACAAACACAUGGCACUAUCUUCGUUCUCACAAGUAGAGCACCUGAUUCAGGUGUGCAUCUUCACACUUCCACCCUGCCAUAAUUAGCCCCUGCUCCUCUGUAGCUCUUGACUAGUUCUUUUUGUUACAGAGGCACACACAGCCCAAGCUUAAGUCUUUACCAGUUCACUUCCAUUCUACUGAUUGCCUGAAAGACAUAACAAGCACACACUCCCACGUGGGCUAUUUCCUCGCACGGAGUUACAGGUGUGACAGAAGAGCCUGACCCAUGCUGCUGACUUUAUACAAAGCAGCACCUGCUUCAAAAAUAGCAGUACUGAUAAUAAACAACCCCUCGUAGCUUGAUGGUGCUUUCUGUCAGCUCUACCAGGAGGGGAAGGCAGAAGGGGAAAUCAAGCAGCGACAAGAGGCUCGCGGAGGUAGAGACCUCCGAGCUAAAAUGGCCGCCUCCCACUGCUGCAGCGAGUGCUCAGGGCCGCUUUCCGCAGCUGAGCUCCAGCCCUCUCCCCCACGAUGGGCGGCCCGUGGCUAGGCAAAAACUUCCGGGAGGAGGGCGGGGCAGAGGCCAGGGGAAAGCUGGUGCUCGGCUGGAUCGAGUCAUUCAGUUGGAUUCUGGCAGACUGACUGCUAGGUCUAGAACACGAGUGAAGUAAUCUUGAAGGGAAUACUGAAGACACACAGACUU